UAUUAAUAUACAAAUAUAUAUAUAUUUAAAUGGGUUAAUGUAAAUGUGCUACAUAAUGUUGUUAAAAGGAUGAAUUAACAUCAUAAAAAAUAUCUACAAGAUCUAUACAAGUAUCAAUUAAACAUCACAAACUCUAAAAAGAUUAAACUUCUGAUUAAAUUGAUGCUCUUAUUGAGAAUGAUUUAGAGUCUGCCAUAAUCUAAAAUUCAAAUAAUAGUAAAGUGUCAAUUUAAGACAUUUCCAAAAAUUUGAUUUCAACUCAAACUCCUAUGCCCCAAUAAGUUAUUGAUACUAUUAAAACAUAAGAGCGUAAAUUACUUCCAGUAUUUUUCUAUUUUAAUUAAGAUGUUAUUAAUGCCAAAUGGUACUAAAUAUGAAGGAUAAUGGUUAAAUGGAAUGAGAGAUGGAUAUGGAAAACAAAUAUGGCCAGAUGGUUCUAUUUAUGAAGGUUAAUGGAUAUAAGAUAAAUCUAAUGGAUAGGUAAAUUUACCUUAAUUUUAAGGGGAAAUUAAUUCAUGCAGAUGGAGAUAUUUAUGAAGGAGAAUGGCUUGAUGAUGCAGCCUGUGGUAAAGGAACUUAUGUACAUUUAAAUGGAGCUAGAUAUGAAGGAUAAUGGUAUAAUGACAACUAAGAUGGUUUUGGUAUUGAAGUAUGGCCUGAUGGAGCCAAAUAUUAAGGCUAAUAUAAGUUAGGUAAAAAAAAUGGAAAAGGAUUGUUAACUUUUGCUGAUUCUGCUUGUUAUGAAGGUUAAUUUAAUUAUUUAUAUCUAAGGUAAUUUCAUAGAUAAUGAAAUUACUGGAUAUGGUUGUUAUAAAUGGCCUGAUGGAAGAGAAUAUAUUGGAAAUUGGUAAGAUAACAAAAUGCAUGGGUAAGGUUAACUCAAAUGGCCAGAUGGAAAAUGUUAUAAAGGAGUAAUUUCAUUCAUUAUUUAAGAAUUAUGCUUAAGACAAAAAAUAAGGCAGAGGUGUAUAUUAUUUUGGAGAUGGUCGAAAAUAUUCAGGAACAUGGAUUAAUGGAAAAUAAUCUGGAAUUGGUAUAUUAUAUGAAAAUGAAAAAUAAUUUAAAAUAGGAAUAUGGUAAAAUGGGCAACGAAUGAAAUGGCUUAAGGAUGAAGAAUUAGAAUUGAAUAAAGAAGAAAUUGCUCUAUUAUAAGAAUUAUGA